AUGUUCACCGGCAUCGUCGAAGACAUCGGAGUCGUCUCCCACCUCGACACCAAUGACUCGACCGGCGGCACCACCAUGACAUUCACCAUCCCCGCAAACUCACCACUCCUCAAGGACUGCCACGAAGGUGACUCCAUCGCUGUCAACGGGUGCUGCCUCACAGUCACAUCCUUCACAGCCGACGCCUUCAACGUCGGCGUGGCCCCCGAGACUCUACGCAUCACCAACCUCGGCGCUCUUGCUGAAAACAGCCGUGUCAACCUGGAGCGAGCCGUACGAGCCGACACCCGGAUGGGCGGUCAUUUUGUCCAGGGCCAUGUCGACACCACGGCCGAGAUUUUGUCCGUGACGCCGGAUGGCAAUGCUUUGACUUUUCGAUUUCAGCCCAAGAACCGUGACAUGCUGCGCUACAUCAUCUUCAAAGGUUUCAUUGCCAUUGACGGGACGAGUUUGACUGUUACGAAUGUCAAUGAUGCUGACGGGUGGUGGGAAAUCAUGCUGAUUUCGUACUCGCAGGAGCGUGUGGUUUUGGCGCAGAAGAAGAAGGGCGACACGGUCAAUAUUGAGGUUGACAUGAUGGCCAAGUACGCCGAAAAGUCGCUGGCUGGAGUUCUGGGGGCAAACAGCGGCGAUGCGCCGAUUCCGUUGCUCGAGAAGAUGGUGCAGCGAAUGAUUGGCAAGCAGUAG